GGGUUGACACUCUGCUCCUGCUUUCUUACGAUUUGUUUGUGCCGUGAGAAGACGUUUGCCUUCAACGAAAUAUUAAUCGUAUAAUUCGAAAAAUGGCAUGGUUAUGUAGUCGUACUGUUUUACAGACAUGUCGACGCCAAUUUUUUCGCAAUGCUGUAUAUUCGAAAGAAAAACCUUUGCCCGACCCAUUGGACCUUGCCACGGGUUUGGAGAAACGUGAAUUACUUGCCGCUGCCGCUGGCAAUUUCGAUCCUUAUCAUAUGAAGGCUAUAGAAAUAGUACGUGACAGCACAAGAGAAAGUCCAAAUUUAGUACCAAGUGCAUUCAAAAGUCGUAUUGUCGGUUGCAUAUGUGAGGAAGAUACUGCACAUGUGAAUUGGAUGUGGUUGCAUGACGGACAGCCACGCCGUUGUGAAUGUGGUCAUUGGUUUAAGUUAACUGAAGUUGCUCCUCUAGGAUAAGACUUUAAUUUAAUGUCACUUCUUGUUAAUUAGUCAUUUGUUUAAAAUAUAGAAUUAAUGUCA